UCGUUUGUUGCUAAAGCAGGAGACAUUCAAGCUUCUGUCCUUUGCUUCUAACCCUCGUCUCUUCUUCUUCGGCGCGCUGUAGAGGCUGUUAGAGGCUCUCAGCCUCAAAGACUGUGCUGGAGGGAAAGAUCUCGCGAGAGCUCCAAGCACGGGCUCAGCUGGCCGUGGCUUUGCUGCAGUCGGAGGGAGAAGGCAGGCAAGGCAGGCAGGCGGCAAUAUGGCGGACAGAGACAGUGGAAGUGAGCAGGGAGGAGCGGCCACGGGCCCAGGCUUCGGCUCCAUGCACUUAGCUGCAGGAGGGGCGGGCUCGGCUUCCGGGCUCCAGCACGAGACGCAGGAGCUGGCGUCAAAGCGGGUCGACAUCCAGAACAAGCGCUUCUAUUUGGACGUAAAGCAGAACGCAAAGGGCCGCUUCUUGAAGAUAGCCGAAGUCGGGGCCGGCGGAAACAAGAGCCGCCUCACUCUCUCCAUGUCCGUGGCUGUCGAGUUCCGAGACUACUUGGGGGACUUCAUCGAGCACUACGCCCAGCUAGGACCGAGCAACCCCGGGAUGGUACAGGACGAGCCCAGGCGGGCGCUAAAAAGUGAGUUCCUGGUCCGAGAAAAUCGGAAAUAUUACAUGGAUCUGAAAGAGAACCAGAGAGGACGGUUUCUACGGAUCAGACAGACCGUUAACCGGGGGCCCGGGUUGGGAUCCACGCAAGGCCAGACGAUCGCUCUGCCCGCCCAGGGACUUAUUGAGUUCCGCGACGCUCUGGCUAAACUUAUUGACGAUUACGGUCUGGAGGACGAGCCGGCGGAGCUGCCCGAAGGCUCGUCGUUGACUGUGGACAAUAAGCGGUUUUUCUUCGACGUUGGGUCCAAUAAGUACGGUGUCUUUAUGAGGGUGAGCGAGGUGAAGCCCACCUACCGCAACUCUAUCACGGUGCCCUACAAAGUGUGGUCCAAAUUCGGGAACACUUUCUGUAAAUAUGCCGAGGAGAUGAAGAAGAUCCAGGAGAAGCAGCGGGAGAAAAGGGCAUGCGAGCUGCAACAGGAGGAGAUGCAGGCGGACGAUGGAGAUGAGGAUUGAUAACGGAGGAAAACAUGCAAGAUUAAUGAAAAUAACCACAGAAUUAAAGUUCAAACUCUACUGUAUAAAGGAAGGAUCUAAAGAUUUUAACUGUCAAAGUUUAACUCCAAGGGAGCAUCACUCAGUAUAAGAAAACCUCCACAACCUGACAGUUAUGACAUGUUGUCACUCAUCGCUGGAUGUUACCCCACUUAUCACCAUUAAUACAGUAACAGGCUGCUAAACAAAGUAAUAACAUUAUAUUCGAACAUUGAUUCCUACUUGAUAAUAUUGAACGGAGUGUUUAUUUCCCUUAUUAACAGAACUUUUGUACCAGUUAAAGCUAUUGUUAAAAAGGUGUUUGCAAUGUUCAAAUAGAAAAAGAGGGGAGGGGGGUUACUUUACAUGUGAGCUAAUGACUUCAGCACAAAUCCGAUAUUUUGAUCUUUCAAAAAAGAAUCCAAAUCUUUAUUUAAACAACAAAAAAAGUGAUCACAUGUACUUGCCAUUACCUUUACCUGUGAGUAGAGAUGUGUUUACACAUAAAUCAUUUAUGAGGGCUAGGCUUGCUAUGGAAAGUGGUUAGAUGUCAUGCAGUACAUAAAAAGGAAUAUAGAGGCAUUUUCAUGAAAUGAAAUAAGUGCUAUAUUUGUUGUGCAAUAUGCAUUUGAGAUGAAUUAAUUAUAUUAAACUGGUCAACAGUUGUUGACAUGGCCGUUGCUAGAGGCAUUCAAAGAAAUAUAGAUAUCGUAAUUCUUUUUGUUUUAUAUUGUUGCCAUGCCGAUGGAUAUAUUAUAGACUACCUUUCUGUCUUAUCAUUGAUGCAAUGUGUUAACUUAAAAAAAGGUACUAAGUGUUUUUGAUGGAGGAAAUGCAAUGAGAACAUGUAGCAAUUUGCCCCAGUUGAAAAAAUUAAGACACACACAAGAGGUUUAAGUGGCUCAAUUCAAUGCAGACGAGGGUUACGUGAAAAUAGAGAUGCACCGAUCAGCAUGAUGAUUUCCUUUAAAAUGAGAGAGGCCCAAUUUUUUUUUUUACAUUUGACUUAUGAGCUAUAAUGCAUGAAGAAAGGGUCACAAAUUAAAAGUAUUACAUGAAUAUUUUUGAUGUUUUCGUCGACAUUCAAAAAAUUGCAACAAAUUACGCGCUAUAGCUAAGAAAUGCUGAUGGUUCUCAGUUUUUAUACUUAUUUGAAUAGAAAUUGUUUGUUUUCUUCGCAUUAUUUGACCUGCAGAUCAACUAUUGGAGCCCAUGAAGACCAAAUCAGGGUGCAUCUGUAUCCAU